AAGACUCCUGUGUUGCUCCUACAUUAACUGUGGCUUUUCUUGUUUCAGACGUGAACGAGUGUCUCCUGAACAACGGCGGCUGCUCCCACAUCUGCAAAGACAUGGUGAUCGGCUUCGAAUGCGACUGCACACCUGGACUGCAGCUCAUCGACCACAAGACCUGCGGAGACAUCAAUGAGUGCAUGAAUCCUGGUAUCUGCAGUCAGAUCUGCAUCAACCUGAAGGGCGGCUAUAAGUGUGAAUGUCAUAACGGCUACCAGAUGGAUCCGGCUACCAGCGUCUGCAAGGCUGUUGGUAAGGAGCCGUGCCUGAUCUUCACCAACCGCCGUGAUAUCCGCCGUCUGGGUCUGGAGAGGAAGGAGUACACACAGAUUGUAGAGCAGCAGAGAAACGCAGCAGCUCUGGAUGCAGAUUUCAACCAGCAGACCAUCUUCUGGGCCGACCUGGGACAGAGGGCCAUUUACAGCACCGUCCUGGACAGGCGAGGCGACGUCGGCGUCCAUAAGAAGGUGAUCGAUAACGUCCAGACUCCUCUGGGCAUCGCUGUGGACUGGAUCUAUAACAACCUGUACUGGUCCGAUCUGGGAGCC